CGUCGCAGAGCUCGGCAUGGGGCGGGUGCUUUCUUUUCUUUCGUCGAAAGCGGCGACGGGAAGAUCUGCAAGCAGGGCUCUCUCGCAAGAGCGGGUGAAGGCGCUGUUGUUUCGCAGCUGAGUGUGCUACGUGACUAUGAUUGCCAUUGCUUGCCCAGAUGCGCGCAGCAAAGAGAAAGACGCCUCCUCCAUCUGAUUGCUAGACGCCCGACGCUGACUCCCCCCCGCGCUCGGGCAACCCCGCAACAGCGGCCUUCCGUCCCGCCUUUGCCGGGCUGCGCACCAGCGCGGCCGUGGCGCGGCCCCAGUCGACGCACAUGUCGCAGGAGGAGAGCCUGCAGCUGCUCAACAAGCAUCGCUCCGUGCGCCCCAUCAGCCCGCAUCUGACCAUCUACCGCUACCCCCUGAACAUGUACAUGUCCAUCUCGAACCGCAUCACCGGUGCCGCCCUUUCCGCCGGUCUUUACGCCGGUGCGAUUGCCUACGUCGGCCUGCCCUACCUGGGCCUCGGCGAUGCCGUGUCGGCGUCGAGCGUCGUCGGCUUUGCCGCCGGGCUGCCGCUGUGGGCCAAGCUGGGCGCAAAGACGGCACUGGCGGUGCCCUUCGCCUACCACACCAUCAAUGGCGUGCGCCACCUGAUCUGGGACACUGGACGUCUGCUCUCACUUCCCAAGAUGCAGGUCAGCGGCAUCACGACGCUCGUGGCGACCGGCCUCUCGACCGUCGGCCUCGUCGGCUACGGCAUCUACUGGUAGUCCCCCCUCUCGUGGGAGGGGCGAGGUCCGCAGCCCCUGUCGAGCAAGUCUGUUGAGAGAGAGCCACACGAUUUCCGCACUCCGAGAAUUUCCAUGAG